GCCUUGCCCUCGCUGACACUUUCAAGCCCUCUCGCUUCCACUCCCGCGCACAUGCUGUGACAUUGCUCUGUUGUACACGAGUUACGCCGUGCCUAAUUAGCUGCUUCGGUCCUUUCUGCGCACGUGCAGAUGCUGUGACGUUGCUUUGUUGUGUGCGAGCUGCGCCGUGGCUAAACAGCUGCUGUCGGUUUCUGCACUCUGCGUGCUUCUUCUUUACGUAGCCAGCGUCUAAACCAGCCCGGAUUGAGGAGUGGCUUGCAGAGGACUCGGUGGAUUGAGUGGACUGAAGCAAGUGCACAAGUGUUUGAGGACAGCAUCGCGAAGGUCAAGCCAAUCCGUAGGUUGAGAUGACGAGUGCAAGUAAUUGAGAAGAGCAUUCUCAGGGCCGAAUUGACCUGGUGAUUGAGGUUACAACGGGAUUUUGCGACGGUUCGGGUGAGGAGAACCUUGGUUUGCGUGCAUUUGUCGGUGGGAGGGCUAGUUCCUAUUUACGAAUUUGAGCUUCUUACAGGAUUGGUGUUCAUAUCUUUUAUAAAUUAUGGCCGGGUUGGAGCGUACAGAUUGUAUUGGAGGAUUAGCCGUGCCAGAAGCCCGUGUUUUGGAUCGUACUCCUGGUGCAACUGAAUUGAGCAAGUAUUUAAAGCUGGAGUCAGACUUAAAAAUUGCAACUCAAUGUAUGGAAAAAGUGCAAGAGUGGACCUCACCAAGAGAGACAUCAAAUGCACUGAAAUUCAACAAGAAGCAAUGUGAAUAUUUAGCUAAUAAACUCAAGCGCACUGUUGAGAGCGCUAGUUCGUUCGUUCAUUCCAUCUCUCAAUCAGAUGUUUCACGUGAGGUUUUGGCAUGUGAGGGUAAUUUUAAGCUCCUUGUUGCGAAGGCGAAAGAAUCUGAAAGCUUCGUCGAAGCUUGUUGCGAAACUGCAUGGAUUGAAGCUGCUAUUACAUUGACAAAAGUUCCACAGCAUAUUUCAUCAAUAUGCUUUAAUCUGGAAUUAUCCAGACUUGUCUUUGAGGGAGUACCACUAAGCAGAACAUUGACAGAACUUGAAAUUGAAAAUAUGAUUGAAAAGAUCAACGAAGAUGAAGUUUGCCUUGCCAAAGAGUUAGCCUCUCAAGAUGAGAAAGAACUGCUGGAGAAAAUGGAAGAACAAUUGAAAGGCAAGGAAUUGAAAUCGUUGAAAGGCCAGGAAAGGGAGUUGGCCCGCUGUCUUCUUGGGAAACUCAAAAGUACAUCAACAGAAUAUUAUUUGGAACAGUUUAGGAGAAUCAUUGUACCAGCGCAGUAUCUGGAAUAUGUGCGUCCUGUAGGAAAAGGUGGAUAUGGACAUGUGCACGAGAUGAAAUGGUCCGGGAUAAAAGUUGCGAUGAAGGUUUUUAAUUAUAACAACAACCCAUUUUUUGACAAAGAAGUAACAGCAUUGAUGGGACUCUUUCAUGCUAACGUUAUCCCCUUAUUUUUUUGCUGUACUUAUGAAAGGCAAAGUAUUUGCAUGGAACUGAUGGAGAACGAUCUUGCUACUCAUAUAUGGAGUAUUAGGGGGUUGCAGCUUAUUGUUCCGUUCUCCAGUUUUGUAAUGGUUGACAUCAUUGGUGAAGGCAUGCAUUACCUUCACUCAAAAAAUAUUGUGCAUAGGGGCUUAAAACCAGACAAUGUUUUGGUGAAGGUAGUAGACAAGGAAAAUGGGUAUGUGCAUGUCAAAUUGGCAGAUUUUGGACGAGCCAAAACCUUAGAAAGUAGUAUUUCUAUUCAAACAUGCAAUGUAGGUACUAAUAGAUAUAUGGCUCCAGAAGUGAUUCAUUUUCAUGACCAAGAAAGUGGAGCAAAUGUUCUAUUUGGGAGGAGGAAAUACUAUGAUCCAAAAAAAGCGAUGUGUAUAGUGUUGGUAUGGUGUGUUUCUACAUGUUGAUUGGAAAAGAACCUUUCUUUGACCUAAAAUCUCCAAUUGAUGCAAAGAGGAAGAUAAAGAAUGGUGAUUGGCCAUUUCUACCUAA